CACACACGAGAAAAGAGAAAAAGUACUUGCAACCUCACAGAGCCUUGCGGAUAAAACAGCGAAUUAAAACAAGUUGAGAGCAGGAGCUUCUCUCUCGGUUAAGUUUACGUUUUUUACGUUACGGCGGCGCUUUGAUUGAAGUUUUUCGCCUCGUGUUCUUACGCAUAAAAAAAACCUCACGGGAUUUACGUGUUAAUGAAAAUGCGCUCCGGUUGGAAACUUUCUCAAUGGAUUUUACCGACGGCUUCCCAGACUGAGUUGUUGAUGUAGGGAAUAAACUCACUCACUCUCUAUCGCUCUCUCUCUUUGGAAUUGGAUUAAUUUCACCUAAGCGGGGGUUAAAGUGUCGAAAGCACGGACUUCAGAUGUGUCCCAUGCCAGCUAGAGUGGCCCUUCAGUCCCCAGAUGGAUUCCAGACAUCAGAGCGACAGCGAUGGGGGAGGAGGACACCACGGGUGGUCACCGUCAUCAUCCGGCUCGCCGGGCACACCGCAUGACGAAAGGAGACCGCAACCACGGCCUCCGCAAACCCACGAUGACCCGCCAGAUCCUGGGUUGAGCAACGGGGAGCCGCCUCAUACUCCACCAGUGCUAUCUCUGGAUCAGAUUAGGAUAACUGGAAGUAGUAAUGAGUAUACAGAAGGGCCCACAGUUGCCCAAAGGUCUCCGGCCUCGCAACUUAGGCAGGAGAAGAAUGACAUGGUUACGUCAUCAGUUUCGAGGAGCGACAGUCAGCAGGAGACUCUGGAAGAGAGGCCCAAUAAUCUCCGGAACUUGCAUUCAUUGACUCAGCAUGGAAACAAUAAUACUUCCAGAGAGGACGUGCUGCGCUCCUCCAGUGUAGAGGACUCUCAGAGUAGUAUCAGGACCAGCGUGGGGAGCACUUCUUCAGGCCAGAGGCUCCUCAGCAGCCCGGCAGGCAGCGAGCAGAUAAUCAGAACCCAGCCCAAACGCUCAGAGCUGAACUCAGAGGAGCUGAAACCGCUGCAGGAUGAGCCCAGGGCAGUGGUGGCCGUGCCGGGCAGCAGGAGCUCGAAAGAGCCAGGCAAACACUCCAACAAGUGUGAGGACUGCGGUCGCUGCCGGUGUACAGACUGCAGCCGCCCGAGGGUGCUGCCCUCCUGCUGGAUGUGCAGCCGGAGGUGCAUGUGCUCAGCUCAAAACGCCGUGGAGUACGGGACGUGCGUCUGCUGUGUCAGGGGGCUUUUCUACCACUGCUCCAGCGACGAUGAGGACACUUGCACGGACAAGCCCUUCUCGUGCACGCAGUCGCACUGCUGCGUCCGCUGGACCACCGUGUCGCUCCUCUCCUUGCUCUUCCCCUGCCUCCUGUGCUACCUCCCGGCUAAAGGAUGUGUGGCCGCGUGCCAGUGCUGCUAUGACCGAGUCACACGACCCGGCUGUCGGUGCAAGAACACAAACCCGAUCCACUGUGAUGUUGGCAAGCCAACGUAGACGAGACGGUCACGUGUACGUGUUUUUUAAAAUGCAAAAAAAGUCGAUGAUGAAAUGACUCCAUGUUGAUUGGACUGUUUUGGCCUUGUAGUUUUAUAGUCGAAAAAGUUUGAUUAUAGUGAGCUAGUGAUGCUGUCACGCUUGAGUUUUUGUGUUUUCCAUCUAUAUGUUCGUGCCUACCACAUCUAGGCAGAGACUAAGUCAAAAAUUUGCCUUAAAUUGUCAACUUUUUAAAAAUGGUUUGACAAUUUUUUUUUACCUGCUAAAGGCCUUCACUCACCCUGGCAUUAGUUCACUUGAAAGGUAAACCAAAAUAAGAGCUCCACGUUUAUUUUAAAGGUAUGAAGUUCUACUCAACUACUGUUUUUGUCCUGGAAAAAAAUUCUUCACUCAAGUGCCCAGAUAUUGUUGUUGCUAUGAGAGUCCAAAUGGAUAGCCUUUUUUUUAACAUUUAAUACAACUUAUAUGCUAAGAACAGACUCCUGUUACUAACUGUAUGUAAAGUAGUCAAUGCAAAGGGUAUGUAAAUUAGAAAAAAAAUGAGUUUGAGAGAUGUUUUAUUUUUGUACAUAUAAUAAUACUUCAACUGUGAAAAGUUUUCUGCCAUACCAGAGGCACCUUGAUGAAUCCACAUUUCUAUGAAUCAGCAAACUUCAUUCAUAUAAUGUUUUUUUUUUUUUUUUUUUUACAUUCACUGGAAUGUAUAUCAAUCAUUUUAAUGUAAUUUACAAAGGAAAAUCUUAUCCCUUCUACUUGUAAAUUGUACAGUGACCUUAUAUGAAAAAUUUAUUUUCUAAUUCCAACAUUGCUUAGUGUAAAGUUAAAAAAAUAUAUAUUUAUUUGAAGGUUUAUUAUUUUAUAAUGAAAAACAAUAUUUAUUUUGAGAAAGUGUUGCUGCGUCACC